AUGCCGGCGACGUCUGCGCUGGUGCUGGCCUCCGCGCUCCUGGGGAAGGGGCUUUCUCUCCAGAGCAGCCUCAAGGACGAGGAUCUCUCGCUGGACAGCAGCAUCAGCGACGAGGGCUGGCUUGCCGGCUACGAGGCUGCAGUCCGCAACAUCGGUGACAUCAGCGUCGUCACCGUGGAGACGCGCGCCAGCAACCCGAUGCGGCUCCCGGGCAGGAACGCGGGAAACAGCGACGCGAUGGUCCUGAACCCCGGCGCAGGUGAGCCAUGGCAGUUCUACCGUACCAAGAACGGCCUCAUGCUCCGCUGGAUCAACGAGACGAUGCAGAGGGAUCCAAAUCAUCUGGCGAUCAUGAUCGACGGCGGCGACAUGAUCUUCGGCGGGUGCGACGAGAAGUUUGUCAAGGACAAGUACAAGAAGAUCCUGAAGGCUAGCGGGGGAGGCCCCAACAUGAAGCUCGUCAUGAGCGGCGAGACGGCCUGCUUCCCCAUUGAGAUGGACUGGCACUUCCGGGACAACGCCACGUGGGAGCAGCGGCGCUCGGCCGUUAACUCGCAGGUGGAGAACCUCACGGACGACUGGGUCUUGCCAUGGACACCGUGCGGGGACAAGAAGCAGGCUCCGUGCGACCCUGUGGAGAAGAGGGCCUACAGGUACCCGAACUGGGGCUUCGUCAUGGGCCCCGUCAAGGACCUCUAUCCGCUCUUCGAGUUCGUGUACGCCAAUGGCGGCAACCCGAAUCACAAGAGGGACACCAUCGACCAGAUGAGGGCCCAGUGGUGGAUGCUCUUCAACCCUGACAAGAUCACUUUGGACUACACGGGGAGCUUGGUGCUGAGCACCCACCAAAUGGCCUGGGGCAGGAAAGACAGCGAGGCGCCCAUCGAGAUAGUGAUGAACAAGAGGGGGAAGCCGAUAAUCCGCAACAAGAUCCUCAACCAGCCGUGCUGCUUCGCGCACGGCAACGGCGACGGCGAGGGUCUCAUCAACAGGACGAUGAUGAUGAUCAUCCAGAUGAACAACCUCACGGACGCCAUGGACCGCGCCGGGCUCACCGGCCCAGGGGGCCGCGACCUGGCCUGA